AUGCCAUCCAAUCGUCGUGAUGGUCCCUUAGCAAAACAACUUGCAAAUAAACUUUCAAUUGUUGCUAAUACAAACACAUCAAUAUCAUCAACUAACAGUCUUAAUCAUUAUAAAAAUUCACCAAAUGGUACUCUUGAUAUUGAACAACAAGAACAAGUUAGUCCAUUAGGUGCUUGGGGAUUUUUACCAUCACCAACCGAGAAUGAUGUAUCAUCUGAUUGUCAAACAUCUCCACUUCUUUCUCAUGAUUCAACACGAUUAUCAGCACAAACUUCACCACAAAAGUCAUCUAGUCAGAAAAAGAGUGACAAAUUAUAUUUACAUGAACUUACUCGUAAGAAUUCAUUAGUAACGACAGAUGAUAAUACAAACGAAAGUAUAACAAAAACAGCUUCAACAGAUGAAAAUGAAGAUGAAAUAUUGGAGAAACCUCGAAUUGUUCUUCAGAAAAUACAAUUUGAUGAUCCAGAACUUUUUCCGCCUGAACUUACACCUGAUUUAGUAAAAGAAUUAUCACAAGAAAAUGCUCAACGUACAAAUCGACAACGUCGUUCCAAUAAUAGUACAACAUCAUUAAAUACAUCACCAAAUAAAAAACGUCAUAGAAAAGUAUCUGACGAAGACGAUAAUUAUGAUUAUGAUAAAGCUGAAGAUGAUGAUGAUAGUGAUGAACGUCAACCAUUAAGAAAACGUAUACGUCGUGCAGGUUUAACAAAUGAAAAUACACUUAAUAAUAAUUCAGUCGAUGCUAUGACUGCAUUUCAAAAGAAAACACGUGAUCGUUUAGCACGUAAAGCAUUGGAUAUCGAUGCUGAUCCUCAUGAAAAUACAUCUUAUAAACGUUUUAUAAAAUUAUUAGAUAUAUUUAAUGAUGAUUAUGAACGUCAUUAUGAAGAUAUGGACGAAACACCUGAUGAACAUUAUCUUGAUUUAAUUUUAUCUGAACAUACAUUAGAAGAAAUGUCAACAUUAUCAGAAAAAUUAAAACUUUCAACUUAUAUGUCACGUGUUGAUCUUUCAAAAUUAAAACGUUUAUUGGAAAUUUUAUCAUUACGUAUUAAACAAGGUAUUGAAUUAAGUCCAAUACUUAAACAUGAUAUUAAUGAUGAAGUUAAAGAAACUGAAGAAGAUGAACGUGCAUGGAGAAAUUUAGUAUUUGAACGUUUAACAAUGUGUGGAAAUGCAUGUGAAAUAGCAUUAAAUGUAAUGACAACAUUAAAUAUGCCAAAAGAAAUUCUUGUUGAAAAUGUUAUUGAAUAUACAGCUUUAUUUAUAAAAGGACAAUUAGCUAAAACAAUUUUUCCUGAAUAUGAUCCACUCUAUCGAAGUGAUAAUCAGGCAAACGAUCCUUUAGUAACUAAACAGAAGCGAGCAAAAGUAACCGGAGCAAAAUGUAAACAAGUUCAAAUACUCUACAAUAAAAUUGUAUCAUUAUUUCAAGGCAUUGCAGAUUUAAUGCCAUUAGGAAAAUUUACAGAUACAAUUAUACUUGCAAUCUCUUCAUUUACUGUCAGUUGUAUUUAUGUUGAAAAUAUCUUUGAUUUACAAGCACAUUCAUUAACUAUUCUUCCCGAAUUAUUUUCUCGUUAUGAAUAUCAUCGUGAUUCGAUUCUUGAUGAUAUUCUCUUAUCAAUAGUACGUUUACCAACAAGUAAAAAAAGUCUUCGAUGUUAUCGUUUACCAUCUGGUGAAUCUAUUCAAAUGUUUACUGCAUUAAUUAUGAAUUUAAUACAUUCACCUGUAACAACAAUAAAUUCUAAUAUAACAGAUGCAGCUAAUGAAUUACAUUUAUUAAAUACAUAUACAACAGCACAAAAUGUUGCAUUUAAAUUUUUAACAUUAUUUUUUCGUUCAUGUGGAACAAAACAAGGUGAAGAUGAUUAUCGAAUUAUAUUUGAAAAUUUUUUAGCAGAUUUACUUACUACCGCUAAUCGUCCUGAAUGGCCAGCAUCAGAAAUUCUCUUAACAUUAUUAUCACGUAUAUUAAUGACAAAUUUUUCCAAUAGUUCAUUACCAAUACAAAUACGUUUACAAUCAUUAGAGUAUCUAGGAUCUGUUGCAGCACAAUUAAGAAAAGAUACAAUUGAAUUAGAUGUUUUAAAUUCAAGAGAAAAUCAACAUCGACUUGAUCAAGUUAUUCAUAAAACUUUAACAAGUAUUGAAACAGAUGAAGAUGUUUUAGAAGUACAUAAAACAGAUCCAUUACGAUAUCAUCGUAGUUUAAUUAUUUAUAUCAAUGAAUUAAGUCAAAGUGAACCAACUUGUCAUUUUUCAAAAAUGUUUCAUAUUGGUCAAUGGCUUCGUGAUGUUAAUAUAACUGUUGAACGUUUAACUCAAACUUUAACAAAACGAACGAAACCAUCAACUAUACAAGCUCAAUUAGUGUUUGAUGAUAUUGAUGAAACAAUAAAUACGAAAGAUUCUGAUACAACAAUAUCAAUAACAGAUGAAAUUGAAUUAAGAAAAAAUGAAAAAAUUACUAUAAUGAAAAUGCUUUCAUUACCAAUAAUAAUACGUAAACAACAACGAUAUAUAUCUGAUAUUGAAUAUGAUGAUAUUUGUUUAUUAAUGCGUUAUUUAACAUCAAAUAGACCAUUUUUAAAAACAUUUGAUGUUUAUCUUAAACAAUUAGCAGCUGUUUUUCAAUCGGAAGCAGGAACAAAUAUACGAAGUAAAGCAAUGAAAUGUUUAUGUACAGUUGUUGAAGCUGAUCCAACAAUCUUAGGAAGAAAUGAUAUUAAAUCAUGUGUACAAGUUGGUUUAACUGACAAAAGUGUUAGUGUACGAGAAGCAGCUAUUGAUCUUAUUGGAAGAUAUAUUGUACAAAAACAACAACUUAUUCUACAAUAUUAUGAUGUACUUUGUGAAAGAAGUAUUGAUACAGGUAAAAUAAAACUUUGAAGACAAGAUCUCUUGAGGGUG